UGUCGCAGUUCCUCCAAAGCCCAGGAGCUCAGCCCGCUCUGCUUUUAUUGCUCCCUUCUACUUCACAGUUUUAAAUCCUCGUCUGCGACGGACCCUGAGAGCAGAUCAUAAAGAACGGCCUCCGGAGCAACGGGGGAUUCGGUGAGAGCGCCGGACAUGAGGAGAUCAGAAGUGACAACGCGUGGUUCUCGUUCGUGCACUUGACGCGUCGCUACGGAGAAAGUUCUACAAAUCUGACCGGAGCUGUCACCACGGAGAGUGUUUCAUCCGUUAUGUUUUAUUGCAUGCCCUGACUUUAUUUCUACGUCCUUACUUAACACAAAUCAAACUCUCUCAGCAAAACAACAAAACAGAUUUUUAUUUCGCAAAAUAAGAUCUCAGUGGUUUCCUGGGUGAGCGAAUUUUAUAUUUUUAUUCGGUGAAGUCAAAACAUAAAAGGAUUGACAGCGAGGAUCAAGACAAGCGCAGCUGCGCCCCGUGGACACCUGGGGGAGUCUCGUCUUUCAAAAGUCUGGUCAAAAAACGGGACGGGCUCAAGAAUGCAAACACCUGGGACAAUAUGAUUAUUUUACACUCUCUUUGAUCAUAUAAAGGAUCCCGGGAAAUAAUUGAAUUACAGAUUUUAGGAGGAAAAAAAGCGGUAACAAAAAUGAAAUUGUUAGAGUUUUUCAACCACACGACACCUUACGACAACAUUUCGUUUGAUUUCAACUUAACGGGCGAAGUGGUACCCAGCGAGAGGGACGCUGACGACUUCGUCCUGAGAUGCGUUAUCUGCUUCAUGUACGUUUUCAUCAUUACGGUUGGAUUGCUGGGGAAUAUCACCUUGGUAAAAAUCUUCAUUACUAAUAGCGCCAUGAGGAGCGUGCCUAACAUUUUCAUAUCCAGCCUUGCGGCUGCUGAUAUUCUGCUACUGGUGACUUGCGUGCCCCUGGAUGCCUACAGAUACAACUUUGAGGACUGGAUCUUCGGCGCCGUGGCGUGCAAGCUCAUCCCGGUCAUUCAACUCACUUCGGUGGGCGUCUCGGUGUUCACGCUGACGGCUCUGAGUGCCGACAGAUACAAAGCAAUUGUGAAUCCAAUGGACAUCCAGACCUCCAGCGCUGUGUUCUGGACCUGUCUGAAAGCAGUCACCAUAUGGAUCAUCUCAGUGUUGCUGGCUAUUCCAGAUGCCGUGUUCUCUGACCUGGUCCCGGUCAAAAACAACAACGUCAACUUCACCGCCUGCAUUCCAUAUCCGUACUCCAACGAGAUGCACCCUAAAAUUCACUCCAUCUUGAUAUUUAUGGUAUACUUCCUCAUUCCCUUAACAAUCAUCAGUGUCUACUAUUAUCACAUUGCAAAGACGCUAAUCAAGAGUGCACACGACAUGCCGGGUGAGUUCAGUGAGCACUCCAAGAGACAGAUGGAAACAAGAAAACGACUGGCGAAAAUUGUUCUCGUCUUUGUGGGCUUGUUUGCCCUCUGCUGGUUUCCCAACCACGUCCUCUACAUGUAUCGCAACUUCAAUUAUAAGGAAAUCGAUACCUCAGCAGCACACUUUGUGAUCACCUUGUUGGCAAGAAUGCUGAGCUUCUCCAACUCCUGCGUUAACCCAUUUGCGUUGUACCUGCUAAGCGAAAGUUUCCGGAGGCAUUUUAACAGUCAUUUGUGCUGCAAACGGAAAAGACAUCGAGAAAGAUCCAUGAGUUACGCACAAAGUACGUCGGCAGUACGGAUGACAUCGCUGAAAAGCAACGUGAAAAAUACCUCCUCGACUUUACUCAACGGGAACAGCCUCCGACAUGAAGUAUCAUUGUGAUUCGGUUAUGUGGCUUUUCUUACCAACUGGACCAGGAAUAUUGUUGCCAAAAAUAGUGAAAUGAUUUGUGGUUAGGGCCCAUCAGGAAAAUUGAUAACAAAAUAUCCUAAUGCAAAUCGUAAAGUUUAAAAUAGGAAAGCUGUAUAUGGCAUGGCUAUUGAUGGAAUAUUUAUACGCAUCAGAUGGGUUUCAUAGGCAUGGACAAAUUCAUCAAGAACAUCGUCUUUUAUUGAAGUAUCCAUUUUGUCUCUCAAAAAAUGCUCGGAAGAGACAUAUAUGUCAACCAAUAUCGCAAAAUGGUCAUUUUAUCUUAAGCUUAUGUUAAUUUAUUUUACGGUAAAAAGUACGUUUUGAAGAUGAAGACUAUUAAGUGAUAAUGUAUUUUGCAGAGACAAUAUGCGGAACAACAUGAAAAAUUGUAUUCCCAAUUAUGGGAAGAAGAGAAGGAGCACAUCCUUAUCGCCAGUCUCAAAACCAAGGCAAUAGAUUGCGCACAAAUAUUCUCAUUUCUGGGAAUUUUUCUUCUUAAACAUCCCUCUUUGCGGCAGUUUCAACGAACUGAAAAAUGUAACCUGGGUAUUUUCCUCUCAAAGGACACUUAGAAAUGUUAUGACUGAAUAACAGCAUGGUGCCACGACCCUCGAGCAAUUUCGAAAAUGAGGGGAUGGAGGAAGUUUUAUGGCAGCUGACACAGUAGACCGAAUUUUGGACAUCAUAGUAUAGGGGGAAAUUCUUUGUACAUUUUUGCUUGAAGCAUUUCUUGUCAAUGGCAGGUACUUUUGGACAAUCAGUACUGUUCAGAGAAUGAAUAACCCUGGUGUGGUAGUUAUCGUUGUAACAGUUAAUACAUUGUAGUUACUUGGGUUUACGCCAUCUUAAGAAAUCUGACAUUAAACGUCUUGGUCGAUCUUGGCAUUGAACUCUUUCACACAUGUAGACAGCUGAAGCAUCCAUUGUGCACACUGAUCUCGGACAGUUUACAGGAUAAGAUCUGCACCACCCCUCUCUUCCCGUAAUUAUCUCUAACCAUUUAAUUUUCCGCACUUUCUUAGGUUUUCUAUCGUGACAUUUCUAGAUUUACACGCUAUUAUUCCACAGUGCAAGAGUCACUUCCUCAACUAUCGUUUUUAAUGACAUGCCUGUCCCACAUCAUCAGUACUGUUUGUCUUCUGAGAUGAUAUUGUUCUGGGCAAUAAGUACUAUCUAACAAAGGAUAUUUCAAAAUGUAAAAAAUUUGUACCAGGGACGAUACGUAUUUUCCAGAACAACAACUUCUAAUCAAGUCAGACAAAUAAAAGAGAAAAUGACACAAAAUAUAGUAGUUGAAGUGGCCUCUCUGAAUGAAAGUUUGAAACCGUAAAUUAGUCUGUAGUCGAAAUACUUGCGGAAUGUUUCUCUGUUUUAAUACAGAUGAGUUAGAACAUUUAACAAUGCUCUUCAAAAAUUGUGCAGUGUACCGUACUUGAGAUAUCUCAAUGUAAAUUGGACUUUUGUGACAAAUUUCCUUAAUGUAUACAGUAAGAGAGACAAAUUUCAACAAAAUCGGUCAACAGGGAGUGAAGAUGUUUUUUUGAUGUAGACAAAUAUGGCAAUUGCAGUUAGUACUUAUCCCAUUAUAUCGAAAAGCACCAAAGAAAAUUCAACAAUAUAAGUCCACAGCGACUUGUGUCGUUUCUUGCAGACAGACAGACACUGCGAUUGCAGUCGUUACUUUUCAGAUUAAUAGACGAAAACACUUUUUAAAAAAAUUUAAAGCAACCUAUUAGAUUAAUUCAUUGCAGGUUGAUGUAAAGCCGAUGUCACAUUAUGCGACUUCUGGCGGUAGGGAAAGUCAGAUUAUUCGCACACUGUUGCUGAUCUUGUCGUUGGACCAAGUUAAUUUAAGUGACUGAAAAUCACCGAGCCUACUAAAUUACUUGGCUGCAUGCCGACUUUCCAGCACAGUUGUGCUACCCUUGUUUUUAAGAGCCAAUAUCGUGCUUCUUGAAUGAGCUCGUGAUGUAUGAAAGGUUAACAGCUACAGCGAACAGAACAUUUCUCUGUUUUUAGAACAGAGUUGCGAAAUCUGCAUAUGCUUUUCAAAUUGAGAUUUCGAAAUGUAUGGUGCGGUGUAUUUGAGACAUCUUCUCAACGAAAAAAUGAAAUAAUAAUAAAAUCUAAAUAUAAAUUAUAAUAAAACAAAAUAAAAAUGGAACUUUCAUGAACAAGUUUCCUUGAAGAGCAAGCGUGCUCAAAUUUCAAGAGCAUCAGUCCACUGCGACUUGCGUUGUUUCUUGCAGAAAGACAGUCAGGCAUGGUGAUCGCAGUUGAUAAGUUUCAGAUGAAAUGUAAAAACACCUAAAAACAAAAAGUUGAAGCAAUCUAGUAAAUUAAUGCUUUGCAGAUUGAUUUAAAGCCGCAACUUCUAGUCGUAGGGAAUGUCAGACUUACCAACGGAGGCUGCUGAUCUCAUCGUCGGACCGUAUCAAUUUAAACAACUGAAGGCAUAUGGAAUUAUAUAUUUAACAGUCAUUUGUGCUGCAGACGGAAAAGACAUCGAGAAAGAUCCAUGAGUUACGCACAAUGUACAUCGGCAGUAAGGAUGACAUCGCUAAAAAGCAACAUCUCGACUUUACUCAACGGGAACAGCCUCCGAGAUGAAGUAUCAUUGUGAUUUGGUUAUGUGGCAGGGCAUAUGGAAUUACGCAACUGUAGCAUAGUUGUGCUCACAUCUCAAAAAUACUAUAUCUCUUACUAAAUAAUAAUCUAAAAUAACAUAUUUCACUGGCCAACCAUGGUUCAGCCUUUUUACUGGAAUGAACCUCCUGCAGAAUGCACUGAUAUUGGGUGUCCAUCACUCCAGCAUUUGCAGUGAGCCAUACACCUUUCCCCUAACCUCUUACUUCAACUAAUUUUGAUAAUGAUGCCUGUUUCUUUUUUUUUUUGACGUGAACACUGACGCACGUUGUAAAAGAAAACGAGACCAUGACGACAAUUUACGAGUGUCUGUCCACACACCAAUUUCAGAAGGACUUUGCUGUAAAUUUAGAACGCAUGGACCUCAUUACUGUCAUAUGAUAUAUCAACGAGAGAAAUCGGCCCUGAAUGCCUGCAACUUAAAAUAUCUACUGUUUUAAAUAGUUCCUUCAUAUUGUUUUAAUUUAUGGAUGUUGUCGAUGAACUGUUUUGUUUAAUCAAAUAUUGAGACUUGGGUCAGCCAGACCAUGUUUUUACUGUUUGGUUGGCAAUUCUAUUUGUUAUAACUGUAUUUGUGAUUAACAACACUGGCAUGUUAUACCAUCCACGGAUAUUGAGAAUGUGUGCUCGACAAGGUCAGAGUAGAAAGAGGGUAAGCAUCUUAAAUUACUAGAAACCAUAAAAGGCAAAAUGUCGUGGACUAGUUGGAGCGAAUUGCUGAGUAUUUCAGACUACAUAACUGCCCUUCAUGGCACUACGGCGUCCAUGGAUAUUGAUGGAUAAUUAGCUCCUAAUUAAAUAUGUAAUUCAAUGCUAACUUUAUUUCUGUGUUAUGAAUAUGAAUCUUAUUUAUGAAUUGAAACCCCUAUAAUUUAAUUCCGUCAAAUUAUUUUUUACUCACAUUUUCUUCUUCUCACGGUCAAAAGGAGGUAAAGGCUAUCUUGGCAGCACUAAUCCACAGCAUGGCUCACACAUGCAUUUAUUUUGGCAUAUGGAGAGUCACAAAUCAAUUUGAAUGUCUUUGUAUUCUGAGAAAAAGCCUCCAAACUCCAGACAGAAGGCACUGGAGCUAUAAAUCGGAGUAGAGCUUAAGUGCUGCGAGGUCCCAGUGCUGCCAUGGUGAAAUAAUCAUAUCAUAUCAUGUCAUAUUAGGGCUGUCAGAGUUAAAGCGUUAAUGCAUGCGAUUAAUUUCAAACUUAUAAUGUGUUAUUUUUUCUCAACGAUAUCGGAGAGAGAUGGUUACUUUCAAUUUAAAAUUCCCCUAGAUGGUUGAAAGGACAAAAAUGUUGGUAUUUGUGAAUUUAGUUCUGGCAAAUUUAAAUAUUGUAAAAUGACGCAGAGAACACAGAUAAAGAGCUCGACCACCACAUUGGUGACCCCAUAUAAUCUGAUGGUAAAUUAGUGUAAAUUAACUCACAGUUAGUUACAAACAGGAGUCCAAACAGAAACAAAGUAGGUAACUGGUUGGCCGGUUUAUGAAGGAAGAUGGUAGGAAGGGGCGGGUCCAAGAGGGCGGACACUAGAGAUGACAUCAGUGAUGGGCUGUCAAUCACCCUGUCUGCAGAGAAUCAGAGAGACAGACUUUCCUGUACUCAUCUCCAUUAUUAAUACAGCCUGUGACGAACAAGUCAUCUGAAAAUUUCUGUAGAUGGCAAGAGUUGAAAUUGUGCCGAAAGUCUGCUGUGUAGACAGUAAAAAUGAAUGGAGACAGGACAGUUCCCUGAGGGGCUUUUGCUGUCUCCCCAGUGCACGUACUUGACAAUAUCACAUUAGUAAAAUGUCUUUGGUAUAUUAUGAGCAAAACAUGCUGCUGCUAAACUAACAUUAAAUUAGCAAAAUCCACCCCAGGCUACAAUCCAUGAAAAUACACAGGUAGAUCCGUGUCUAUGAAUGAAAUGAAAUCUAAAGCAUUAACAUCCGCAAUUGAAAUGUGGUCUGCGUCUGCCCUGUAAAUAUAGUUAUAGAAAAAGGGAUGAGAUUCGCCAUUCGGAUAAUGAUGAGCUCUGACAAUUCUUACAUCUUGCAGUCACAGAGCGACAAUUUAUAUGAAAGUCAGAUGUCCUCACAGUUAGAGCAGCGAAGAAGAUGUAAGGGAGUGACAUUCACAGGUGAUGAAUGGACAUCACUGAGCAACCAAAAUCGGCUUAAUCAAUUAAUCGCAACUAGAUGAAUGUAAUUUUGUGACUGAUCACGAUUAAAGAAAUAAAUUAUUUGACAGCCCCAGAUGAUAUGAUAUGAUAUGAUAUAUGAUGCGAUGCGAUACGAUAU